CGCCAGCUACGAACCGGGGCAAAAGGUCAAUUUUAGGACAAAAGCUAAAUCCUUCGGGCGAAAUACCGAAAUGGGCUGUCUAUUAACAUGAAGCAGUACCCUAGCAACAGCCUCAAGCUGCAAGCAACUCAACCCACCAACUCCCAACCUAUCUUGUUGCCAUGGAAACUGAGCAAGAACGGAAAGGAUGGGACGAGGGGGCAGCAGAUACUGCAUGCGUCCUUGAUCUGAGCAUCAAACGACCAACGAGCCCCGAUUUUAAGAAUGACAUGGAUGGUAGGGACCUUGAUGCCAAAAAGGAGACACCUGCGCCGGACGAGCGUUCAUCCUGCCGUGCAGAGAUGUUGUCAUUGUUCAAAGGUACAGGACAGGAGAUUAUCAUUACCGGUAAGCAGGAAAUCUUGCCAACUGUGAAUAACAGUACAGCACAUGAAGAACAGUGUUCACCAGAUAGUGAUGAAGGAGGUGCAGUUGAGGCAUCUGCCUGUAAACUUGAAGGCACACUCAAGGAGAGUGCAGAGUGUAGAGACAGGGAUGGAAAUCUAUCAAGUGCAAUUCCAGAGGGUGCAGAAACGCUUGACCGUCUCCAUGCCACAUCUGCGUAUCCCUCCCCACCAGUUGGAGAAUCAGAUUCCCCUGCCCUGCCAAUGGAAGAGUCCACCUCACCUUGUAACCUCAAAGUAGAACCUCGUAGCCCGUCAUCGCAAUUAUUGAAUCAUGUGAGAAAUGACUUGCCUCUUCAAGAUUCCGCAUUUCCUGAUGUGGUGCCGAAGGGAAAACUGGAUGGCCUAACUUUACCCGCUGAAAGGACUUCCAACUCCGCAAUCGAAACAACGAGAAGCUCCCCUUCUUGUCCUGUUCCGAUGAGACCCUACAGCUCCAUGCUCCCCAUCCUAUCUGUACCAAAGGUUAGACUAAGACAGGAUAGGAGUGAUGGUAGAUCAUCUUGGACUCACAUACCAACAGACUCUACCACUCUGAGCGUAGGGGGGUACUUCCUAGACUCAAGUGGAGGGUCGACAUCUGGGGAGCAGAGUGGCAUGAAUGUGAUGGAUUACAGCAAUAAGACUCACUCAAUGUUAGCAGUAAGUGGAGGAGAUGACUUUGCUUCAAGACCCUCCCUCCUUCAGAUGGCUCUACAACAUGGUUCAACUCAAGUCAACUUGCCAGCCAACUCGCAGGAAAUACAUGUAGAAGAGCAAAGAGAACUGAGGCAUACAAGGAAUAGUGUAGGAACGUGCCCCACCUUGCCUAUCAACCCCAAGACCGUGGGAAAAGCCAAACCGCGUACCAAAGGCAGGGAGAAACGCUACUACCAGUGUGAACACUGUCACAUCAUCUAUGAGCAGCCCCGAAAGCUGGAACGUCACCGUCGAGAUCUCAUGGGCAAGGCAUCGUACCAGUGCUGUUACUGUGACAUGACAUUCCCAACGAUUGGCUGUCGGAGAUUCCACUCGCGUCUUCACGAGGAUAAGACAAUGCCGUGCCCGUAUUGCCCGAAGGUGUUCCAUGAGAAGCGCCGGUAUGAGGACCACGUCCGCUCCCAUACUGGCGAAGCGCCGUUUAUGUGUCAGGAGUGUGGUAACGUCUACCGUACACGAAGUGCGCUCCGUAUCCACAAGCGCACGCACGGUAACGAUAAGCCGUUGAAGUGCCGUUUUUGCCCGAAGCGUUUCAUCCGUAUCGGAGACGUCCAGGUCCAUGAACGGACUCACACGGGAGAGAAGCCCUACAAAUGCGGGAUCUGCGAGAGUUCCUUUGCAACCAGUAGUCAGGUCAAUCGUCACAGACGAACUCAUUCUGAAGAGCGCCCCCAUCAGUGCUCCUAUUGCAAUAAGACUUUCAAGAAUCCCGAUUAUCUAAUAACACAUGAAAAGAUGCACCUUGGCCACAAGCCCCACCACUGUAAGUACUGUCCCAAGCAGUUUCGUACACCGCGAGAGCUAGUUCACCAUGAACGUGUGCAUACUGGUGAGAAGCCCUUCGAGUGUCAGCAGUGCGGACAUCGCUUUUCUAAAAAGACUAACCUGAAGCAGCAUGAGCUGCAGCACACGGGCGUCAAAUCCUUCACAUGUUCCAAGUGUCCAAAGUCCUUCUACAGGAAGGCAUCCCUGAUGUGGCAUGAGAAGAUCCAUGAGAAUCGGGAGCGCUUCCUCUGUAAGGAAUGUGGCAAGCUGUUCUUCAAGGAGUCCUCUCGCGACAAGCACAUCCGGAAAGCUCAUGGUGCAGACGCGGGAGCUGCGGGAGGAGAAAGCGGGGAAGGGGAUGGUGAUGUCUUAGAGGAGGAGAAUGGUGGGGAGGUUGAUGGUGGUGAUGAGGCUGAAGGACAAGAGCCUGAAGGAGGAGAACAGUCCGAGCAGAGUACCCCUAACACUUCUCCCAAGGUGACGCAAGACAGGCGUACCCCGCCCAAAACUCCCGCCAACGAUGGAACUGAUAGCACCUGCGAAGACUGCGGGAAGACCUUUCUGGCCCGUAGGUCACUCCUGCGACACUACCGGGCAAUCCACAACCGCUACAUCUCCAGGAAUGGCGAAGGGGACUCUCCUGGGACCAAACCGAAGAAAUCGUUCGGCUGUAGACUCUGCUCCGAGACAUUCCUUACCGAUCAUCUACGUCAUGUCCAUGAAGGCACGCACACCAAUGCGUGCUUCACCUGCGAAACGUGCAACAAAACGUUCUCUACGCGCCAGCUUCUUGUGAAGCACCAGAAGAUCCACUCCGAUGUCAAGCCUCACGUUUGCGAAACCUGCGGGAGUGCCUUCACCAUCAAGUGGUACUUGAACCGACACAUCAACAUCGUGCAUUCCGACGUCUACAGCUAUCCCUGCACCAUCUGCGACAAGAAGUUCAAAGCCAAGACGGCUCUCAGCGUCCACAUGCAACUUCACAACGUUGAAGGUAAAGUGUACUCUUGUGAUCAAUGCGACGCAGAGUUUCACGUGAAGCGUUAUCUUGCGCGACACAAGCGGAAGUAUCACCGUGGUGGCAAAGAUGGUUCUAAGAGUUCUCGCCGUGGCAAGAGUAAGCAAAAGGAGGAGGAGGAGGAUGAUGAUGAUGAUGAUGCUAUGUAUGACUUUGAUGAUAACAUGGACGAUGAUUUUGAUCUCAUGACGGAUGACUCACAAGCUGUGUCGGGGGUCUUCCUGCGUCAGAUGCUCUCAAAGGGCUCCGAUCUGGAGGAUUUCAACAAACAAGCAAAACCAAUCAACAAUCAUGAUAACUUAGAAAACGAAAAUACCUUCAAUAAUCAUGAUCCUGGUAUUGACCACGAGCCUAAGAAUGACGGUGAUCAUGAAUUUGUAAAGGAAGACGGUUCGUCACUUGAACAGAUACCUAGGAACGAUCAAGACAUGGACCAUGAGGACAUUGCAAUGAGGGAAAUAUUACAUGAAAGCAGAUUAGGUCAAAGAACAGGUGAUAUUGCAAGUACCUCAAAAGAAAUGAAUUCUGAGGAUGGGUUUGACCUUAACGAUGAAGAAGAUGACGCUGAAGCAUUUGAUGAUGAUGAAGAUGAUGAAUAUGAUGGUGAUUUUACUCCCGAUGACAACCCAAUGUCAGAUUAUGUAUAACAAUUUGAAUAUUUUUAAUAGUAAAUCAUGUUUGAUACUUUGAACCUUAUCUUCAACAAGUCUACUUUCAAUGAUAGGAUGUAGAAGUGAAAUAGUGAAUUUUGUUUCAUACUUUUAACCCUACCUUCAACUAGUGAACUUUUAAUGAUGUGAUAUAGAAGUGAAAUAGUGAAUCAUGUUUGAUACUUUGAACCCUAACUUCAACAAGUCAACUUUUAUUGAUAGGAUAUAGCAGUCAAAUAGAAAAUCAUGUUUGAUACUUUGAACCCUAAUUUUAACAAAGGCACUUUUAAUGAAAGGAUAUAGAAGGUAAAUCUAACCUUGGUGCUAAAUUAUUCUGAAGGAAAAGUUGAAUAAAAGAUUUGUUAAAAAAAAAAGUAUAUUGUGAAAUGAAAGAUAAAGAAUGCCAAAAAAAUUGCUGACUUAUUAGUAUGAUAUCACUAAAAAUAACAAAUGUGUAUGUACAUUUAUGGGAAUGUAAAAUGAGCAAAAUACUGUGAUGGAAAAUUGAAUAGCAUUCACUCCAACACUCAAAGGGAAGCUAACAUUUGUCUAAGUUAUACUUUGGUGCAAAAGCUUUUCUUUUGUGCAGGACAAUAGUUUGAGAUACAGGUCCAUGUAUUAAGCACAGUCCAGGGGAAAGUUGCUUAGGAGAGAAAUGGAAAUUGUGGAUAAGUUGCAAGUGGAAAAUUUGGUCAUGUAUAUCACAAUCAGAUGACCAGUCAACUUAUUUCAGAUUCGUAUGGACUUUAAAGCCUGUCUGCACUAGUUUGGUCAGGGUGGUUAUCUCAUCAAGUCAGCUCUCAAUUAAAGCCUUGGUCACAAAUGCCAUAACGAACUGCUACGAACGCCGUACGAACCAUUUUCAGACAAUGGAAAUUCGGGAAGACAAUGGAAAAACGGAGUUUCGUACGAAACCAUCGUUCGUACAAACCUUUGUGACCGUAGCAUAACCUAAUAAAAGGGGGAUCAUGGGGGACGAACGGUACCGCUUAGGCAUUGUUUGCUAUAUAGAGGGUGCAAGUACAUGUAGCUACAAGUAGUGCCGUCCCACUUUAAUAGUGGUCUCAUGUUUCAAACAAUCAUAUAUUUCUAAUUGUUGAAAAUCACUGAUUUUAAUGUUAUCAGACUCUUUAACUUAUUGCAAAGGUUGGAUUACCCUAUUAGAUUGAGGUAUCUGAAUCACAAAAGCAUUUUCUUUAGCAAUUUGAUGUCUUAAAUAUUUUUAUUCAGAUGUUCAUACCGGUAUGCAAUUCAUUGGUGUUAUUUACAAGUUCAAUUAUGCAUUACAAAAUCAUAGAUGUAUAGAGCGGUUGGUUAGUAACAGAUAUCUGUAGCUAAUUUGUCUAUCAUGAAGUUUUUAAGUAGAUAGCAUGGCUCGGAACAUUUGAUAGAUCAUUAAAUAAUGUUGAGGUGCAAACCAUUUAUGAGUUCAGAUUGGGUUAAAUGAUGAAUUAUAUAAAAACUUACAAAUGUCUAAAUGUGACUGACCAAAGACACUAUGAAUCGAGAUCCAAUGAGCCCUAUUAGCACAUGUACAUGUAUACAUUAAAUAAAGAGGACUCUAUCCUUGUUAUACAGACUUGCUUUUGCUUUUGCAAAAAACUUGGAUGUUUUAAACGAUAUCUCAUGAAGCAUCAUAAGUUUUAAAAAAUGAAGAGAUUUAACCACUGUGGAUACAUUAUACAUCUGUUACUUUCUACAAAUUUUGUGUGACAUUUGGAAACCGAAUAUGUCCUGAUUGUUAUGUAUAAGCACCUCCACAAAGUCCCCUCUAGUGCCAUCUCAGGUCAGCUGUAGCAGUAUGGUCCCGUAACUCACUGCUUCCCUAGCUGUGCUGUUAGUUCUCACAUCAAGUCCACUAUCUGCGAAGUGGAAAUUAUGUAUGGGGUUAUGCACUGUUGGCAAGUUGACCUUGAGACGGCCCUGUGCAAUAAACAGUAUGCCAGGGCAGAAAGUUCAGUUCAGUAUUGUUUUAUUAGGGUUAUACUUACAUGUCUGUCCCCUUAGCAGUUAAUAAACUUACACUUCCACAUGUAUAAUACACUAAGAAAAGGGUGAGGAUUAACAUGUUCAUAUUUUAUUACAGAUUAGUCAAUGAAAUGUAUUUGAAUGUCUGAGAAUAACAAUCUGAACGAAUUAAUUAUACAUGUAGGUGGGUUAAAAUUUGAAAAAUGUACCACUGUGAGAUGCCGUCCCUUGCCAAGCACAUAACGUUGCGUAACAGUGUCUAUAGGUUUACUAAGUACAUUAUUAUGUACUUGUCAAAAUUUGAUUUAAUUAAUUAGUUCAUUGAUUACUGCAAUUGAUUUUAAAAGUGUCACUUUAAUUGAUGUUCAUCCUGAUCCAUGCCCCAGUAUGGAUAAGAAGUUAAAACAAACAUUUGUUUAUAGGUAAUAUCUAUGGACCUGCCCAUAUUACUGGUAACAUAUGGAUGAGCUAUCAUUGAUGAUAUACAGAUCGGGGGGGGGGGGGGGGCAUAGGUAUUCCUUGCCACCCCUAGAUAGCCCAAAAUUGAUGUUUAUUAUUCACGUUUGUACAGAAUAUUGAAUUUUACUGAAGAAAAAAUAUUUAA